GGCUACACAUACUCAGGCAGUGGCACAAACAGCCAGGGCAACCACUACUGCUCUCGUGACUAUGGAGAUGGUUCCAACUCUUACCAUUACUCCAACACGAACGGGAGUUACUACUAUUCCAACCCGAAUGGCUCUACGUACUACAGCGAUGGGAAGGGAGGUUCUACCUACACUUCCCCCAGCGGCCAGACCAACACCUCG